CAUACUCAAAUCAAGUCAUGUGGAUGAAAAUGUUUUAAUUGCAACCCAAUGUGCCGUUUCAUUCGACUCAUUUUGAAACUUGGAUCAGUCCUUGAACAUGACGACUCCCGUGACGAACCGUCCUCAAAUCGCUAUCCUCGACUUUGGGUCGCAGUACAGCCACUUGAUUGCGCGCCGCGUCCGCGAACUGCAUGUGUUUUGCGAACUCUACUCGUGCUUGGUCACCGUGGAAGAGUUGAGCAAGCAUCAGCUCACGGGAAUCAUCCUGUCGGGUGGACCCAACUCGGUGUACGAAGAAGGUGCGCCCCACGUCCGCCCCGAAGUGUGGAAGUUCAUCGAAGACCAAAAGUUGCCUCUUCUUGGCAUUUGCUACGGCAUGCAAGAAUUGGCCUACACAUUCGGCGGCAUUGUCGCCAAGGGCCAACGCCGCGAGUACGGCAAGGCCAUGGUCUCCACGCACGCUGUGGACCGCUCGGCGCACCUUGGCUUCCUCGACGGCCUCACGGACGGCGACUUCCAAGUGUGGAUGAGCCACGGUGACAAGCUCACCAAGACCCCCACGGGGUUUGUGGACAUUGCGUUCACGGCCAACUCGGAGCACGCGGCGAUCGCGAACGUGUCCAAAAAGUACUUUGGCAUCCAAUUCCAUCCCGAAGUCACGCAUUCCCCGCUCGGCAAGGUCCUCCUCAAGAACUUCGUCGUCGACAUCUGCGGGUCGCCCACCGACUGGAACAUGCGCAGCAUCGCCGACGCGUUCAUUGAAGAAGUCCGCCAAACUGUCGGUCCCCACGGCCACGUGAUCGGUGCCGUGUCCGGCGGCGUCGACUCGUCCGUGGCCGCCGCCCUCCUCCACCGCGCCAUCGGCGACCGCUUCCACGCCGUUCUCAUCGACAACGGCUUGCUGCGGGCUGGGGAAGCCGUCGAAGUCGUGGACCGCCUUCAAAAGCACUUGGGCAUCAACUUGCACUGCAUCGACGCAUCCGACCGAUUCCUCGCCACGCUGAGCGGCGUCACCGAGCCCGAGACCAAGCGCAAGCUCAUCGGCAACUUGUUCAUCGAUCUCUUCCAGGAAGAAGCCGCGCGCAUCGACCACCCCGUGGACUUUUUGCUCCAGGGCACGCUGUACCCCGACGUGAUUGAAAGCGUCAGCUACAAGGGUCCAAGUGCCACCAUCAAGACGCACCACAAUGUCGGCGGCCUCCCCGACACGAUGCACCUCAAGCUCAUCGAACCCCUGCGCGAACUGUUCAAGGACGAAGUGCGCGAACUUGGCAUCGCCCUCGGCAUCGACGAAGCCAGCGUGUGGCGCCACCCGUUCCCCGGUCCCGGCCUCGCCAUCCGCGUGCUCGGCGAAGUGACCAAGGACGCCCUCGACAUCCUGCGACAGGCGGACACGAUCUUCCUCGAUGAACUGCGUAAGCAUGGCCACUACCGCUCGACCGGUCAAGCGUUCUGCGUGCUGCUCCCGGUCAAGUCGGUGGGCGUCAUGGGCGACGGACGCACGUACGAAAAGGUGAUUGCCAUCCGCGCCGUGAGCACGUCCGACUUUAUGACGGCCGACUGGUACCACAUGCCCCACGAUGUGCUCGCCAUCAUGUCCAACCGCAUCAUCAACGAAGUCCGAGGCGUCAACCGCGUCGUGUACGACAUUUCGUCCAAGCCGCCCGCCACCAUCGAAUGGGAAUAGACCAAAUAUCUACGUACAUACAACUUAAUCCUGAACCCAUCCAUCCGUA